AGGGAUAGAUAGCUGUGAGGGAGCACUGUGUGCAGGCAGAGGAGGACUACCAGUACAAUACGUUGCGGACAGAAAGUGGAGGGCGAAAAAUAACUCCAGAACCGACAGCUCGCCGUACGCCAAUGUUCAAAAAUAUACAGUUUCGAUAGAGGCCGAAGGUUCGAGAAUCAGACGCAGCAGAUUUGAGCUUUGGUCAUCUGAAAAAGGAGAAUAUAAAGAUGUCGUCUCCAAGUCCGGGCAAAAGACGAAUGGACACAGACGUGGUGAAACUCAUCGAGAGUAAACAUGAAGUCACAAUCUUGAGUGGACUCAAUGAAUUUGUAGUCAAGUUUUAUGGACCACAAGGAACACCGUACGAAGGGGGAGUAUGGAAGGUGCGAGUAGAUCUUCCUGACAAAUACCCCUUCAAAUCUCCAUCUAUAGGAUUUAUGAAUAAGAUUUUUCAUCCGAACAUCGAUGAAGCGUCAGGGACCGUGUGUUUAGAUGUGAUCAACCAGACAUGGACCGCUCUUUAUGAUCUCACCAAUAUCUUCGAGUCGUUUUUGCCACAAUUGCUGGCUUACCCGAACCCCAUCGACCCUCUGAACGGGGACGCGGCGGCCAUGUACCUGCACCGGCCGGAGGACUACAAACAGAAAAUCAAAGAAUACAUCCAGAAAUAUGCAACAGAGGAGGCCCUGAAGGAGCAGGAGGAGGGAGCAGGCGACUCCUCAUCAGAAAGCUCCAUGUCUGAUUUUUCAGAGGACGAAGCUCAGGACAUGGAGUUGUAGUUAGGGGCGAGCUUUUCUCCCCUUUACCACAGAGACUAUAUGAUUUCCUAACCAUGCGAAGCAGACUAUAAAGAUUCAUAUUUAAACAAGGUGAUUUUUUUUAUCGUUAUUAUUAUUACUAAACCAGGAUUUUUAUGGAUAUCUAGCGUUGACGAUGAAUACGGCACCCUCUCUAGGUGUUCUGUCUCUACUUUCUGGUGGUUGUUUUUUUUCUCGACCUUUCUUUCGCUCUCUCACUCGCUCUCUCCGUCACCCCACCAAAAGAAAGGCUUGUAGUGUAUCCCCACGUCGAUAGCCACAUAGCCGGAAUGCAUGUCAUCGCCCCCCGAUCCACCUUUUCCUGGCUGACCGGAUUAUAACAGAGGCUGUAUCUUUAGCGGGGGUGCCCAAACUUUUUCUCCUUUGUGAUGUCACUAAUGUAUCGGAGACGCCUGCUGGUUCUGUCCGUGACGCUGUGAUGUGUAACCCCCUCGGCUUAGGCGACGGUCUUCGGGUGGAGUUGUUGCUGUGGGAUUGGACGCAUUUUGCCAGAUACGCCUUUGUUUCUUCGUUUGUACCUUCCCAGUCCAAGUCACUUGUUUUUUGUUUGUUUUUGUUUGUUUUGCAGCUGUCUGUGUGUGUUUUUUUUUUAAAUGACGAUAAAAAUGUUAGCCGAAGGAAAAUGACAUUCAUUUUGUUGAUUCUAGUUCAUUUCUCUUCAUUGAUAUUUUAUGUUGGGUCUCACCUUGGGAAACAUCUGAUGUUUUGUCAUGCUGUACAGUACGAUGAUAAUCUGGAUUUUACGAAACGCACCUUUCGCUCACUCAUGGAUGGAUGUUACACUGUAAGAAAAGAUUUGUUGGUUUAACUAAAAUGCGUUACCUGAUAGCCUUAAUUUUUAUGUUUUGUCAACUAAUAUUUUUAAGUUGAAUUAAUACAAUUUUAAGGCAACCGGGGAAACUUAUGUUUUUAGGUUAAACCAACUUUUUAUUAUUUACAGUGAAUGGCAGGGUAGAUGGCGCUGUAAAUGUUUUUGCGGACGAAAAAGAGGCUGUGAGCGUUACAUGUACAAUUUUUUUUGGUUUUAACUUUGAUUGAUUAUUUUUGAAACACAUAUUGUUAAUGCUUUUAAUAGCAAUGACAAAAAACUAUUACUGUGGUUCAACUUAAAAAAGAACCUAGGCCCUAAGGUGACAUUGGAGUAAAAAAAUCGAAAGUUUAGUUUCAUGUGUUCACGUGAAACUUUCGCAUGCUCACGUGAAACUUUCAUGUGGUCACGUUAAACCUUAAUGUGCUGAAUUUUUCUAAAAGUUUAGUUUUGCGUGCGCACGUGAAACUAUGGCGUGCACACGUGAAACUCUGGCGUGUGCACGUGAAACUUUCAUGUGGUCACGCAAAACCUUAACGUGCUGAAUUUUUCUAAAAGGUUAGUUUUGCGUGGGCACGUGAAACUAUGGAGUGCGCACGUGAAACUAUGGCGUGCGCCUGUGAAACUUUCGCGUGCACACGUGCGUGCGCGAAACUUAACGCGAUAGUUUCACGUGCGUGUGCGAAACUAAACUUUUCCCCUUAGGGGCUCUGUAAAAAAGUAAGUUACCUGGUUGUCUUAAAAUUUUUUGUUAUUUUAACUUAAAAAAACAACAAUUGUGUCCAACUAUUGAAACUUUCAAGUGCUCACACGAAACCUUCAUGUGCAGAUUUCUUUUUUAAAGUUUAGUUUCGUGUGCACGCGCGAUUGUUUCAGGUGCGCAUGCGAAACUAAACUUUAUAAAAUUUUUCUCCAUGUCCCCUUAGGGGCUCCAUAAAAAAGUAAGUUACCUGGUUUCCUUAAAAUUUUGAGUUAUUUUAACUUACAAAAAGAACAAUUGUGUCCAACUAAUAUUUUUGAGUUAACUAAUAUUUUUAAGUUGAAUUGACUCAAAUUUUAAAGGCACUUUUUUAAGUUUAACCAACAAAUCAUUUUUUACAGUGUGGGGUAAUACAAGCAUGAAAAUUUAACAUGACGUGAGCAACCUGUCCCUCGCAGCUGAGUUUUCAUUUGGGAUAAAUGAUAUGCCGUCUACCCUGACUAAUGGGAUCAAUCCCACAAUCCCACUCCAGUGUGACUACUGAGGAAAACCUCACAACUCCCUUUAAAAUCUCUCGAGUGUCUUUUAAAGACAGCUGACAUGCAGAGAUUUGGCAUCAACAUUUAGCUCUUACUGUGGAAGCCCUACGACACAAACCAUGGCUGGAUUUGAAGACUCUUUGUCAUCCGACCUUCCGCAAUGAUCUCAAAAUGUCCAGGAAGUGAAACAAAGAAGAGUCUUUAUUUUUAAGAAAGUACAGUCUGUUCCUCUGUCCAUCUUUCAUUUUGUAAUAACAACGAGUGUUUGUCUUUUUACGUUUACCGUCUCGCACCCUUUUUGACUCAUUGUGGUUUGAUGCGGAAGUGGAGUAGUGGUGUAGAAAAGUUGCUAACAUUUGUACAAAUCAUCUUUCCUAUUGCUUGUGCAUAACUAUGAUAGCUGUCGUUAGACCUCACGUAGAUCUAGUUAGUUUACUGGGUGGUGAAGUUGAAAUUAAUGUUUAGGUUUUAUGUAACCUGCUUGAUGAUUAGGUUUGGUAAGAUCUGAUCUGCCUCCAUCAAUUACGACUUACAAAAAGAGUUUUUUGGGUUUUAGUUAACAUUUACUAAUACGGAGGGGAGGCGGUGUGGAAACGGCAGAUAAUUUCUGUAUAAAAAACACCUGCAGAUGUCAUCACUUUGCAGAUUUUUAUAUUUUCAGUAUUGCAGAUUCAUUCAUUGUCCGGAUACAAAAAAAUAAGCUUACAAAGAUGACAGACCUCGGUGGAAUAGCAUAAAGGGUGGGUUUUCGCAAUUCGGCUUGUGUGGUUGUUUCUAAGCUGCCAAUAUUUAUCUUCUGGAGUGAGUUUUUCAUUCUUCUGUUUUUCUUUUUUAUGAAAUCAAUGUCGAAUGGGCGAAAGCCUGUGUCAAGAAUUGGCCGAAUAGUGCAAUGAAGAAAGUUUCAAAUAUUUCCCAUAUUUUUUUUUUUUACAAGGACACCAAAUUUCUCACCUGUAUGCAGUAUUGUGUUUAAGUGAGAGGAGGCGUGAGAUGUGGACUGACAGAUAUUUUUUUUAUUUUUUAAAUAUAGAUGGCUUUGUUUCACAUGCAACACUGCCUUUUUACCCUCGUCUCUCAGAUGCAUAAAAAUGCAUCUCUGCUGUCCAAACCCUGCCUCUCUUUAUUUCAUUUCUACUUCAUUAUUGCUCCCUGGAUUUAAAGGUUUAAUACGAGAGGACAUUUAGUUUGAAUAAUUGUUUGUUUGUUUUUAAUGUAAGACUCAAAUUGAUUUGAAGAAUCUCAAAUAAACAUGUGUAAGUGUGCUUCCAUACGUUUAAUUUCAUAAUGAUAUUGAGUUUAUUAUACUAAUUCCUGGAUUCCUUUUUUUCCCAUGUCAAUAAAACCGAGGCACCCAUCUGAAGCAGGUAAUGCUAUGUUGAUGUCUGGGGGCGCUCUAUUUUUAAAAGUUAAAAUUAAUAAAUAAUUACAGUGUGUCCUUUGUGUCCACAGUGCUUAUAUACGCACACAAACAUCUACAUGCAACUCGUUCUUAAUGUCAAGGUCCGUUU